UCGUUUUUGGCACACAAAUCAUUAUAGCUAGACUUCGAGCUCAUAUCCAGUAGGCUACAGACAUAGAUUUUUCGAAUUUAAAGCAGAAUGUCCAAUACCAUUAAGGAUGACAUAUUCGACGUCCUGAGAGACUUAAAUGAUGAUCAGUUCAAACUGUUCAAAUCUAAACUUUGCGACCGCAGCGUGGAACCUCGAAUCCGUAAAAGCGAAGUCGAAAAGGCGGACAGACUGGAUCUUGUGGAAAUAAUUAUCUCCAGACACACCACCAAUCGAGCCGUAUCAGUCACCGUAACUAUUUUAAAAUCAAUGCAUUGCAAUGAAUUAGCUACCGAACUGGAGGAAGAGGGUGCAAGCCGCGGAGGAGGGCCAACUCCUGCAGCUGGAGCGUGCGGCACGACUGCAGAAAAGCACUUCAUUGACCGGCACCGCACAGCCCUGAUCGAGAGAGUCUGCAACGUGACCGCCAUCCUCGACCGACUCCUGGAAUGUGGGGUCGUUACCCAAAGCGGGCAUGACGAGAUUCAAGCAGGGAACACCAAGCAGGAUAAGAUGAGAAAACUCCUAAGCGGUCCCAUUCAUUCCGGGGGUGAAAUAGCUAAAGAUGCGCUGUUGGAGAUCCUGGAGACACAAGAGCCCUUCCUCAUGGAUGAUCUGAAAGGGCACUAGGGGUGAAGAGCAUCCUGAUCAGGAGAUGAUGGGGGAAAGCAGAAUUCACAGGACAUGAGCAGCUAAAUACAUGCAGCUAUUGUGUUCUGUUGCCUUUACAUUUUUUACAACUAGAUUUAAAAAGCAGCCAUGUGUUUUAUUCUGUGUUAUAUUUUAAAUAUGUCCUUAUUAAAACCAUGGCUCAUAUUAUUAUUGUUAACAGUGGUGGUAUUUUGCAGAAAAAAAGUAAUGAAGCUUUUCAGAUCAUGCCACAAAUUGUAGGACACUGUAGUUAAUAUUAAAUCUGUUUAGCUGUGACAUAAAAAAUAAAACUUUAAAACAAAAAACUAAACUGCUGCAGUUUUAGUUUUUGUUUUAGAUGCUGCAGUCAGUAAAUUUGAGUUGCACCUGUUACAAAUAAAUCCAUCGUUAAAAAUA